AUGUUCUUUUGUCCACAAUGCGGAAACAUCCUGCUAAUCGAAAAAGCAGCAGGUCGUUCAACAGAUUCAGUCUAUAGAUGGGUCUGCAAAACUUGCCCAUAUAUUUGUAAUAUUAAGAGUGAAAUGUAUUUUGAUAUGAAUUUGGAAAAGAAGGAAGUUGAUGAUGUUAUUGAUGACGAAGCCAACUGGUCCGAAACAGUGGAAACAAAAUGUGGAAAAUGUGACCAUAACAAGGCUUAUUUCCAAAUGUUCCAAACUAGAUCUGCUGAUGAACCUAUGACUCAAUUCUUCAAGUGUUGUAAAUGUGGUCAUCAAUGGAAGGAAGGAUAA